AUGAUCUCUGAUGGAACGACUGCUUCAAGGCCAAAGCACACCUUGAAUGAUAAUGUCCUAAGCACCGAUCACAUCGAAUGGGCGAGAAAAAUGAGAAAAAGAACGAAGGCGAGAAGAAGGUGGCUGAAGGCGGUGGCGGAAAGAAGGACAACGCUCCACCACUGUCCUGGUUCGUCCUUUGAAGUGUGUGGGUGGAUGACAGGAGGGAUUUCAGUGUCAGCAAAUGUGAAGUUUGAAGCAAUAGAUGGAGAAAAAUCUGUAACUUACGUAAUCCUGGAUGGCGAUCUUAUGCAGCUUUACAAAAGUUUCAAGGGCACAGUUAUUGUUAGUGACGGCUCUGUCAAAUGGCAUUUCAAGUAUGAGAAAAUUCUUGAGAUAGUCCCAAUUCCAGAAGUUUGUGCUGCUUUAGCAAUUGAGGUGACUGAAGUGGUGGAUCUUGUUAUAUGA